CCCCCUCUCCUCCUCAUCAUCAUCCUCCUCCUCUUAUGGGCGCGGAGCUCUGUUCGGCUUAAACAUUAAACUGGCGGAACGCGGCCGCGCCAAUUACAAUUUUGCGCCUCUCUCGCUUCAUCUGCAAUCCGAGAUCGCUCCGAGCGUCCGUCCGGGGCGAUGGACGACUUCUGUAGCGUUGACGGCUCCGAUCCCUUAUGGGACCGGAACCGCACACUGGACACGCACACCCCGGACCUCACGGCGUGCUUCCAGAACACGGUGCUCGUGUGGAUCCCCUGCGCCUACCUCUGGGCCGCCGCUCCCCUCUACUACCUGCACCUGCGCCGACACAACCGCGGAUACAUCCAGUGCACGCACCUCAACCGCGCCAAGACCGUCAUCGCGGCGGUGCUGUGGCUCGUGUGCUGGGCCGAGCUCUUCUACACCAUGUGGGAGCGCGACCAGGGGCGGCGGCGGCCGCCCGUGCUGCUCGUGAGCCCGCUCGUCAUGGGCGCCACCGUGCUGUUGGCGGCGCUGCUGGUGCAGCGUGAGCGGCUACGCGGCGUGCAGUCCUCGGGGGUGCUGCUCGUCUUCUGGCUGCUGGCGCUCGUGUGCGGUAUCGUGCCCUUCCGCUCCAAGAUCAUGGCUGCCGAACGUGAGGAUCCGGACGUGGACCGGUUCCGAUACGCCACGUUCUACGUCUACUUCGCGCUGGUGUGCGUGCAGUUCGUGCUGUCCUGGUUUUCGGAUCGACCGCCCCUCUUCUCGCGCGUCAUCAAGGACCCCAAUCCGUGUCCGGAGAUCAGUGCCUCCUUCCUCUCUCGCCUCACCUUCUGGUGGUUCACCAGCUUGGCCAUCCUCGGUUACCAGAGGCCGCUCGAGUCGAAGGACCUGUGGUCGCUGAACCCCGAGGACAGGUCGGCCGUGAUGGUCCCGCGGCUCGUGCGCGAGUGGGAGCGGGAGUGCCGCCAGCACUCGCGGCCGCCCAGCGCCGCCAACGGGACGCCCGCCUCGUCCGGCAAACCUCCGCCGGAGACCUCGAACCACGUGCCGGCCUCUGGCGCUGCCGCUGCCGCCGCCAAGGAGGCGGAGGAGACCGAGACGCUGAUGGGUCUCGGCGCCGCCAAGGACGGGCGCCGGCCGUCCCUGCUGCGGGCCCUGUGCCGUGCCUUCGGGCCCGCGUUCCUCCUGGGCUCCGUGUACAAGCUGGCACAGGACAUGCUCACCUUCGUGUCGCCGCAGAUCCUCAGCCUGCUCAUUGGGUUCGUUCAGCACCGCGAGGCGCCCAUUUGGCAGGGCUACUUCCUGUCGCUGCUGCUCUUCGCCUGCGCCAUCCUGCAGAUGCUCAUCCUGCACCAGUAUUUCCACAUCUGCUUCCUCACUGGCAUGCACCUGCGCACCGCCAUCACGGGCGCCGUCUACCGCAAGGCGCUCGUGAUCACCACCGCGGCCAAGAAGAGUUCGACCGUGGGCGAGAUCGUGAACCUCAUGUCCGUGGACGCCCAGCGCUUCAUGGAUCUCACCACCUACCUCAACAUGAUGUGGUCGGCGCCCCUGCAGAUCAUCCUCGCCAUGUACUUCCUGUGGCAGAACCUGGGCGCGUCUGUGCUGGCCGGCGUGCUCGUGAUGGUGCUGCUCAUCCCCGUGAACGCGUUCAUCGCCGUCAAGACCAGGAGUCUGCAGGUGGAGCAGAUGAAGUACAAGGACGCGCGCAUCAAACUCAUGAACGAGAUCCUCAAUGGCAUCAAGGUGCUGAAGCUGUAUGCCUGGGAGCCGUCCUUCCAGGACAUGGUACUGGAGAUCAGGAACAAGGAGCUCCAGGUGCUGAAGAAGGCGGCGUACCUGAACGCCGUGUCCUCCUUCACCUGGGUCUGCGCACCCUUCCUGGUGGCGCUGACCACGUUUGGCGUCUACGUCAUGGUGGACGAGAACAACGUGCUGGACGCCAAGAAGGCGUUCGUGUCGCUCACGCUCUUCAACAUCCUGCGCUUCCCUCUCAACAUGCUGCCGCAGGUCAUCAGCAGCAUGGUGCAGGCGUCCGUGUCGCUCAACAGGUUGCAGAGUUUCCUGGCGAACGAGGAGCUGGACCCUCACAACGUCAUCCGCGACCGCAUGUCCGACGGAAACAGCAUCGUCGUGACGGAUGGGACGUUUGCCUGGGCCAAGGAGGAGCCGCCCGUCCUGCAGAACGUGUCGCUGUCGGUGCCCACGGGCUCCCUGGUGGCCAUUGUGGGCCACGUCGGCUGUGGGAAAUCGUCGCUCGUGUCAGCCCUGCUCGGAGAGCUGGAGAAGAUCCAGGGGAUGGUGGCUGUCAAGGGCUCCGUGGCGCUGGUGUCACAGCAGGCGUGGAUACAGAACGCCACGCUCCGGGACAACAUCAUCUUCGGGCAGCCCUUCGAGGAGGCCUGGUACCAGGAGGUGCUGGACGCCUGCGCUCUGGGGCCCGACCUGGGCAUCCUGCCUGCCGGCGACCAGACUGAGAUAGGGGAGAAGGGUAUCAACCUUUCGGGCGGGCAGAAGCAGCGCGUGUCGCUGGCGCGCGCCGUCUACAGCAAGGUGUCCGUCUACCUGCUCGACGACCCGCUCUCCGCCGUGGACGCGCACGUCGGCCGCCACAUCUUCGACAAGGUCAUCGGGCCCAGCGGCAUCCUCAAGGGGCAGACGCGCGUGCUGGUGACGCACGGCCUGAGCUUCCUGCCGCAGGUGAACGACAUCGUGGUGCUGGUGGGCGGCAGCGUGUCGGAGCGGGGCUCCUACCAGCAGCUGCAGCAGCGCAACGGAGCCUUCGCCGAGUUCCUGCGCAGCUACGCACAGGCGGAGGAGGGUCCUGGGCGCGACGACACCCGCUCCAUUUCCCUGGAAUCUAUCGAGGACAGAGAGGAAGCGGUACCAGCAGCGGAGCCCGAGUCACCCGUGUCUGGAGGAGCUAAGGGCGACUUGACGAGGCCGGCGGGCAGCGCCGAGACGGAGCUGAGGAAGAGGAAAGCGGACGGCACGGUGGCGGCACUACCCGGGGAGAAAAUCAUUCAGACGGAGACGGCGCAGACGGGAAGGGUGAAGCUGUCGGUGUUUUUGGAGUACAUGCGCUCGGUGGGGCUGCCGCUGUCGCUGGCCGUGGGGCUGCUCUACCUGACGCAGAACACGGCGGCCGUGGGCUCCAACGUGUGGCUCAGCGAGUGGGCCAACGACGCGGAGCUCAACGACACGAGGAGGCCGGGCACCGAGCUGCGCCUCGGCGUCUACGGGGCCCUCGGAGGGGCGCAGGGCCUGGCCGCGCUGCUCUCCUCGAUAGCGAUCAGCUUCGGCGGCGUGCUGGCGUCGCGCCACCUGCACGACGCUAUGCUGCGCCGCGUGCUGCGCUGCCCCGCCGCCUUCUUCGAGCGCACGCCGACGGGCGCGCUGGUGAACCGCUUCUCGCGCGACGUCCACACCGUGGACGAGACCAUCCCCGGCGUGGGGCGCAUGUUCCUGGGCUCGCUCUGCAACGUCCUCGCCGUCUUCGCCGUCAUCCUGCUCGCCACGCCCGUCGCCGCGCUCGCCUUCCUGCCGCUCGGCGCCAUCUACUUCUUCGUGCAGCGGUUCUACGUGGCGUCAUCGCGCCAGCUGAAGCGGCUGGAGUCGGUGAGCCGCUCGCCCGUCUACUCGCACUUCGGGGAGACGGUGCUGGGCGCCGGCGUGAUCCGCGCGUACGGCGCGUGCGAGCGCUUCAUGCUGCUGAGCGACACCAAGGUGGACGAGAACCAGAAGAGCUACUACCCCACCAUCAUCUCCAACCGGUGGCUGGCGAUCCGCCUGGAGUUCGUGGGGAACUGCGUGGUGCUGUUUGCCGCGCUCUUUGCCGUGAUCUACCGCUCCACGCUCAGCCCGGGCCUCGUCGGCCUCUCCAUCUCCUACGCCCUGCAGGUGACGAUGUCGCUGAGCUGGAUGGUGCGCAUGUCCUCCGACCUGGAGUCCAACAUCGUGGCCGUCGAGCGCAUCAAGGAGUACUCGGAGGAGACCACCGAGGCGGCGUGGGUGGUUGAGGAUCACCGCCCCCCGGCCGAGUGGCCCCACGAGGGCUGCGUGAAGUUCACCAACUACAGCGUGCGCUACCGCGAGGGCCUCGACCUCGUGCUCAAGAGCCUCAGCUUCACCAUCCAGGGCGGAGAGAAGGUGGGAAUCGUCGGCCGCACCGGCGCCGGCAAGUCGUCGCUCACCUUGGGCCUCUUCCGCAUCAUCGAGCCGGCCGACGGCAGCAUCGCGAUCGACGGCGUCGACAUCAGCACCAUCGGCCUGCAGGACCUGCGCUCCCGCAUCACCAUCAUCCCACAGGAUCCGGUGCUGUUCUCCGGGUCCCUGCGCAUGAACCUGGACCCGUUUGGGAGGCACUCGGACGCGGACGUGUGGAGCGCGCUGGAGCUGUCGCACCUCAAGGCCUUCGUGCAGACGCUGCCCGACAAGCUGCAGCACGAGUGCAGCGAGGGUGGCGAGAACCUGAGCGUGGGGCAGAGGCAGCUGGUGUGCCUGGCACGUGCGCUGCUGCGCCGCACGCGCCUGCUGGUGCUCGACGAGGCGACCGCCGCCAUCGACUUGGAGACGGACGACCUCAUCCAGACGACGAUCCGCACGCACUUUCAGGGCUGCACGGUGCUCACCAUCGCUCACCGCCUCAACACCAUCAUGGACUACACCCGGGUCAUCGUCUUGGACAAAGGUCAAAUAGCAGAGUUCGACUCCCCGACCAACCUCAUCGCCCGAAGAGGCAUCUUCCAAUCCAUGGCCCGGGACGCUGGGCUUGUGUGAGCGGCGGCGUCAGUUGGGUGUCAUCAACCCAACCUCCCACAAUGCACCUGGACCCAUUACCCGCACCCCCCGCCCCCCUCCCGUGAUCCGGGGGACAGCUGCUCAAACAAUUUGGGUGUUCUCUCUCCAGCGGACUGUCGUGGUCCCCACGGACGUGAUCACGCCGACCGGUGGCCACGUAUUGGGGGGGACCUGCCGUGUGCCGGUUGCGCAAGCGAGCGUGCGCGUGUUUUUAGCUGGACGGAACACUUCCCACGUCCGCCCGCCCGCCCUCUCGCACAAACGCGGCCGCUCCUCCGUUCGUCCUGUUACAAUUCUCACCUUUCGUAUUCUUUUUUUAGUCUGUGCGAGUCGAUCGGUGCGUGCGCGCGUGUGUCACACUUUUUUUUUUGUUUUACAAGCCAAAAAAAACCGCACAAUGUGCGUGAAGCCGACACGACAGAGUCCGUCAGAUCUCCGUGGCGUUGACUGCUCCCACCCCCGCUGCCAUACUCCGUUACCCUCAAUUCACAGCAUUACUCACCCCAAGCGGUGGCAGCACUCCGGCAUCGACGUUGAAAAACCAAAACGAGAGGUGCGACGACGGCUCGGCCCGGUCGCGUGCGACCUUGUGCGACGCGUUUAAACGCGCGGUCGAAUUCAAUUUUACGUUGCUUGGCAAGUCGACCGCUCUUCAGCGGAUCUCAUUCAGGGGACAAGGCAGCGAAGCCUUGCCACCACCCUCCCCCGUGCCCUCUCCAUCCAUGUGCUGACAAAACGUUACAUUGUGUUAUGUACCGCGUUGCUGUACUGCUUUGAACGGGGGACCCCCAUGGUGUUGGUGGGGGGGCAGUGCUCUUUCCUGCAUGAUCAGGAAGUGCGUGUUUGGUUAGCGGGCUACACGCUGCUGAUGAGACACAAGAGACGUUGAAAUCGAGUUUGCCUUUAUAAAACACAUGCUGCUGAAAAACAUUGGCCUAGGAUAAGGCCAUUCAUUUUUUCUUUUCCUAUUUUACAGAUAAUCAUUUCUGUACGUGGCCAAAUACUUUACAAUGAUAUUAGCACGGUGCGUUAACUGCUGCGCCACCACUCCACCCCCCCCCCCACAUGCCCUUUUAUUGCACACAGAUCUAUGGCUGUGGACACUUGUUUUAGAAUCUUCUCCGAUGUCGUCUCGGGUGAUCCCAAGAAGGUGCGAUAGCCUGGGGUUGGGUAAUUGGACUACUCGCGGCGGAUGCUGUUUGACCUUCCUGACCUCCAUAUUAACUUGCCGGGUUCCAUAGCUACCUCCUGUUUGACUCCCUCUCGCCUCAUGCCAUUUUAAAGGCUGCCCCCCAUCCCAACAAUUACAUUUCAGGGUUGCAAUUCUAUUGGAAAAAUCGAUUCCGUUUAUUUUAUCACGGUAAUAAACUCGAUUUUCGACAGCGCAAUUCACACAAGGCCCCAAAGCGCAUUACACAAAGCUUACGUUACGGAGAAGGCCUGCGUGUACAACCAGGGGAGUUCUAAGACGCAACUUUUAAAAAGUGUAACAGACUCUCAAAUGGGCCGGUGGGGGGGGUUGGGGAGCGAGUUCCACAAUGUGGCUGCGAAAAGCUCCGUCUCCCAUAGAGCAAAGCCUGGUCGCUGUGCAAUCGACCAGAAUCGGAAGAGCCAAGUCCGAAGUGUAACAAUAAUAAUAUAGAUUACGCAUGCACGAAUAUGCAUUGCAGCGAAUGUAGCAGCCCACUGGCGGCGGAUGCAUGGCAUGGGUGGAUCGCGCGAACCCGCCGCAUGCGACACCGCAGCCCCCUCGGUAUUAUCCGAAAACGCUGUGAGGGCCCGGCUUGGAGUAGCGAUCAUAUUAUUGGUGUAAGAUAGCGCCACUUAGGAUUACAUAGGUAUGCCCCUCCGUCAUAAAUCAUCUAUAAUUGUUUACCGUAAUCCUGUUAUUAAAAAUUGCGACCUAAACGAGUAAAGAUUGAUAAGGCGUUCCGAAAAUAAUACCUGGACUGUUCCGGCUGAAAUUAAAGGCACUGGUUAAACAGGAAUUACUAUAGUAGUGAAUUGUUCGCUUAAAAAAAAAAUCAAUAUUGCUCUUUUUAAUUUCUCUUACACUGAUAUCUAACCCAAGGUUCACCGGGCCGGUGCUGUCCAUACACAAGGGUCAAAGUUCAGAUGCAGGCAGCAACCUCCCCUGAGGCAAAACGCUCACCCUGGGGGGGAGGGGCAGUGAAGAACCUCUGCUCAGCCGGCAACAACGCCGCUUGUUGAUUUUUUUUGGUUGAAAGCAAAAACCAAAAUCGAUCUUUCAGCCACUGCCCGUGUAAAGGUGGUCACGGACGCGUGCGUGCGAUCUCACAAAUCAAAUCGUGCUUUCCACCCGGGCAGGGGGCAGGGGCCCCGCUGAUUUUCUCAGGAAAAAAAAAGUGAGGGGGGGUAAAAAAAGUACUGCAAUUUUAGAAAUGGGGGAAGAAAAAUCACCAACCCCCCCCCAUAGGUCACAUCGCUGGCUCUCACCGCCCUUGUAAUUGUCAAAUCGCGCUUUUUUUGUUAAGUUUGCGUAAAAACUGCGUGCGUCUCCACCGCCCGCUUGUGUGCGGUGGCUUCGUCCGCGCGUAAUUUUGUUUUGUUGUUGUUGAGGGGGGUUGGGGGGGGGGUCAUCCGAACGUUGCCAGACUUGGACACGAGAUCACGUGAGGGUCACAAUAGUGAGCGCUGCCAGAGGCGAGACGUCCAAAUCCCAUUCGCGAGUGCCACAAAACCAUGUUGUUGGUGGUGAUGCUGCUGCUGCUGCCUGCUGCUGCUGCAUGCGUUGGCAGCGGUGCGGACGCACGACUAACUACACGAAGCGCAUUCGUCAAUAGCGCUGCCUUAAAGGGGAAACGUGUGGGAUAAUGGGCGACGUUUUUUGGGGCAAUGACCAGUUCAUCAGCCGCCGUGAGCUUUGCCCGGAAUCAAUGCUGUGUUGGCUUCCAGAUGGCCGGUUAGCCCUCUAUGGUGGUGUUGUAAACAAAACUCUUACCCCCUUUUUUGUAAAUUAUUGUUGCUCUUAACAUUCUCCAACGCUUAAAUGGUAACUUGUGCUAUGAAGAAGGGACAUUGCCCGAAACGUCUUUAUUUUCAAUUUGGGCAGUGCUAUUAACAAAUCUGAGGGGGGGGGUCUCCCCCCCCCCCCCCCCGCCCCUCUUAAAUCCUGUUAGGAUUUCUUCAGAGUCGUUUUGCUUGCAGCCCAGAGUAAUUUGGCAUUCACAGUCUGGAGUAAAGAAAAAGUCCCUGUAGGGAUCACAGUCCGAACCCCACACUCGUGCGACAGUGGAGCGUCCCGAAAGGACACCGAUGGCCGCAUGUUAAUUUUGCUGCAUUGACCAGCACUUGGCUUUUCUUGAGAAGUUUUCAGUGGCGUAUCUCCACGUGGUCCCCAAAGCUCGUCAUUAAAACAAACAAAAACCGACGCGCGUCAACCCAGGCUUCAUGUACGCACUCGAGUUUGUUUUUUUAUUUUUAGUCGAUUUCAGUGUCGCUAAUACCUCUCUCCACUACAACCGAGCCGCGCUGGUGCCGUGCCGAGCCAGCCUAGUGCCGUUCAGGAGGCAUGCCGUGCCGAGCCGAGCCGCCAAUGUCGAGAGAGACGCUCCCUUGGCCUUGUCACCCGGGUGGUUCAGGACCGCCCUGCGGUUCGAGACGUUGACGCGUUUGUAUUUAAUGACUUUGGUCGCAUGUUUAGUUGGAAUAUCGAAUUUUUUAAAAUAACAAUAUUGUAGCCGUGACUGUACUUUAACUUGCACGGCUGAAUGUAACGUAUACGUAUGUUUCUUUUUUGCAAUUUUUUUGGUUAUCGACAUUCUUAAACAUAACUUGUAGACUUUAUAUAUAUAACAAAAAAGCACUCGACGUUCGAGAGACGGCGCGACGGGUCCUCCGUCGUCGCUGGCAUCUCGUCCUGUGUGUUGCCUUUUUUUGGCAUCUACCACCACGGACGUGUGGCGACUUCGCCUUUUUAAGACGCACGGAGCGUCAAGGGGACUCCCACGACGCAUUUGGCGAUUGGCCACCAAACUAAGCUGGCCGCUUGCGCCGUCGAAACGUGCAUGGAUCUGUUUGUCCGACCAACAGUUGCUGCAGGUGUCGGUGGGGGUAUUUUUUUGUUUUUGUUGUUGUUCCACAUUAAAACAGUUUAUAUAAAACCUGGGGGUUGAGCUCGUGGGUUUUGCGGCGAGCGAGCGCGCGUUUGUGCAGUGCGACGGGGCAAGAGGAUUGGGGUCGUCUGGGGCGAGCGCGUUGC